AUGAGAGCUGCCACCUUAUCAGCGAGAAGCAGCCGUCAGUUUCUGCGGCAGACGUGUCGCCCUGCCCGCCUACAGCGCUCCUGCCUGAGUACGUGCAGAGAUGCUAUCGACCAGCCGUUGCGCCGGCCCGUGAGCCUCGUCCAGCGCCGUCAAUUCCAUUCAUACCUUGAUGAGCCGACGAUAUAUGCCUUGUCUACAGCAUCUGGAAAGGCCGCGAUAGCUGUCAUUCGUAUAUCAGGCCCAGCAUGUCGACAGGUGUAUGAAGGACUAUGUCCUUCCACUACGUUCCCAAAACCGCGCUACGCGACCCUUCGCAAGCUCUACAGCCCUCACCAACCGCCGUCCCCCGAAACAAUGCUAGAUUCGGGUGCACUCAUCCUCUACUUCCCUAGUCCGAACACCGUCACUGGCGAAGACCUCCUUGAGCUGCACGUGCACGGAGGUCCUGCGAUUACACGCGCAGUACUAGCUGCUAUACCUCAGUGUGCAGCAUCGACCGACGCGCCUGCUGUGCAGUCAAUCAGAUAUGCUGAGCCCGGAGAGUUUACCCGUCGUGCGUUCGCCAACAACCGCAUGGAUCUACCGCAGAUCGAGUCGCUAGGAGAAACGUUGUCUGCUUCGACUGAACAGCAGCGCCAGAUCUCUGUUCGAGGCACGACGUCGUCGCUGGCUGUGCGAUACGAGCAGUGGCGCAUGCUGCUACUAGCAGCCAGAGGAGAAUUGGAGGCUCUGAUCGACUUCUCUGAAGAUCAACACUUCGACGAAUCCCCAGCGCAGCUUUGCGCAUCUGUUGCAGAACAAAUUCGGGUUCUGCGUGCGCAGAUCGAGGCACAUGUUGCCAACGCAGUCCGUGGCGAGCUGCUGCGCAACGGCAUCAGCAUGGCUCUUCUUGGAGCUCCCAAUGCUGGCAAAAGCAGUCUACUAAAUCGCAUAGUCGGGCGAGAGGCUGCUAUCGUUUCACAGGAAGCCGGUACAACUCGAGACAUUGUAGAUGUCAGCGUCGACCUGGGCGGCUGGCUGGUCAAAAUUGGCGACAUGGCUGGCUUGCGUAGAGCUGGUGUAGUAGGGGAAGGUGUCGUAGGAGCAGUCGAACAAGAGGGCAUAAAGCGUGCCAAGCAACGAGCGCUUGAGUCAGACGUCCUGAUCGUGGUACAGGAUGCGACUGCAGAGAUGGACCCAGAGGUCACAGCAACAGCGAAGCAGUGCGUCGAGUCAGGCAUCAACGUCGUUGUUGCCGUGAACAAGAUCGACCAGCUUUCGUCAACGGUCGGCGUAGAAGACGCAUGGAGAAUAAAAAUCCAGUCCACGCUCGGCAUCGCAGAAACGCGCAUUGCUUUCAUUUCCUGCAGGGAUGCAUCGGCCGCUGUCACAGGCAAGUCCGGCAGUCGUGACGCAGGAAACAUGCAGUUCUUUCUGACCACCCUCAUCCAAACAUUUCGCGACAUGACGGCUGCCCUCGUCCCCGACUCCGAACCUGACCCCUCCAUCUGGCAAGAAUCUCUUGGUGCGACCGAACGGCAACGUAUCCUCCUCACCGAGUGUCUUACGUUCCUUGAGGCCUUCUUGACAGCCGUCACCCCAGAACUCACCGAGGAGCAUUCCGCUUAUGGCAUCGAACCAGACGCAACAGACGAGGUGGACAUUGUGCUCGCCGCAGAAUCCUUACGCAGUGCUGCCGACGCACUGGCAAGGAUCACGGGGCGAGGAGACGGCGGGGAUGUAGAAGAAGUGCUGGGCGUAGUGUUUGAGAAGUAA